AUGAAGAUCUGCUGCUUUCACGAGUGCACCAACGCGGCCAUGGACGACGGCUCCUUCAAGUGCUUCUUCCACCGCAACCGGUCCAUGUGCUCGAUCGCCGAGUGCUGGAACCAAGUAUAUGCCCGCGGUCUCUGUGUUGGCCACGGCGGCCGCAAGUCCUGCGAGUUCCCCAACUGCGUUGGGAAGGCCCGCAGCGGGCAGUUCUGCACGCGCCACAACGCGCGGCUCGAGGCCAAGCGCAUGUGCGGUGUCCCCGACUGCCCUCGUGUCGCCCACCGGAAGGGCAAGUGCACACGCCACGGCGGCGGCCGCCUCUGCCAAGUCGACGACUGCAAGACCCUCGCACGCAAGGGCGGGUACUGCUGGACCCACACCAAGCAGCUGCUGCAAGAGGCGCGCGCUGCUCAGCGCUUCACCAUGUCGACGACGCCGAUGGGCCACUUCUGCCUCCGCGCCCUCCAAGCCAUCUGCGGCUUCACGGCGAUGCUCACGGCCACAUCGGUCACGGGCACUUCUGCUGGCGACUAUGCAAUGGUCGCGGGCUACACGGUCGGCAUGAUGGCGAUGGCCAUCGCGUUUCUGCUCGGCUUUCGGUCGUUUCCCCGCGUCGUGACGGCGCCGUGGAUGCUCAUUUCGCUCGACGCCGUGCUCGGCCUUUUCUCGCUCAGUGCCGGCAUCGUGCUUCUCACGUCGACAGUGCUUACCAAGACGUGCUCGCUUCAAAAAUUCAUGUCGCGCAAGCUGCUCGACUGCACUGCGUUCUACGCCGCGAUCGGAUGCCUCUUCGCCGCUGCCUUCUUGCACCUCAUGGCCAUCGGCUUGACGCUCGGCGGCAUCAUUCGCGUGCAAGAAUCGGACGCCGAGACGGUUCAUACGCCCGUGAUGGCCCACGCCGAUUACCCCCGCGACGCCUCGCCCGCCUAG